AUGGUUGUCUUUGAUAUUAAUGUCAGUUUUCCAACCAAUGUAUUUGCUAUCCUACAACACCUGGAUCAGCAGCAAAAGCAAAUUUUCAAUGUGACCCUUUGGAGUAUUUGGAAGCAUCGAAACAAUAAGGCAUGGAACAACAUCACUGAUACAGCUCAAGAUAUUUGUGCUCGUGCAGGUUCUCUUCUUACUAGCUGGAGGAAUGCUCAGAAUAUUCGGCAUCCUAGCCCUCAAAAUCCUUCCACCCCGAAUGAUUUGAAGUGGGUUAAACCAAGUCCCGGCAGGUUUACUUGUAAUGUUGAUGCGUCCUUUUCUCAAGCUCGGAAUCGGGUUGGUAUUGGUGUUUGUAUUCGCGAUGAAGAAGGUCGUUUUGUUUUAGCCAAGACUGAAUGGAUGACUCCGCUCCUUGAUGUCGAGUUGGGUGAGGCUUUGGGUUUGUUAUCAGCAAUGCACUGGGUUCGUGAUCUGCAACUAGGUAUUGUGGACUUUGAGCUUGACUCCAAAAGUGUGGUAGACAGUCUUUAUGGUAGUACUAGUGGCGUCUCUAAUUUUAGCGCAGUUAUUAAUGAAUGUAGACGUCUGUUAGCUUCUGAUUUAGUAACCUCUGAUGUUAGGUUCAUUCGGAGACAAGCCAACGAAGUCGCUCAUAGCUUUGCUAGAGUGGCUUUGCGUCAUGCUAGUUUCCAUAUUCAUAUUAGGAUUCCAUCUUGUAUCUCUACUAUUAUUUUGAAUGAAAUGCAAUAA